UAAAACGCAUAAACCUCACAAUAUCUCAAUCGACCAAAGAUAGCAAAAAAAAAAAACCAAACUUUUUUGUUCCAAUUCUAAAAGUUAUCUUGAUCAUGGCUUCAGUAACCUCAGCCACCGUCGCAAUCCCAUCUUUCACCGGUCUCAAAUCAACAAUCUCCAAACCCUCCGCCGUCGUCAGAAUCCCCACCGCGGCGGCAGCAUCACCGAAGCUCACAGUGAAGUCAUCUCUAAAAGACUUCGGAGUCGCGGCCGUAGCGGCUGCAGCUUCGAUUGCUUUGGCCGGAAACGCCAUGGCAAUAGAUAUUCUCUUGGGAUCAGGAGAUGGGGCUUUAGCUUUUGUCCCCAACGAUUUCAGUGUAGCGAAAGGAGAGAAGAUUGUUUUCAAGAACAAUGCUGGAUUCCCACACAAUGUUGUCUUCGAUGAGGACGAGAUCCCAAGUGGUGUUGACGCGAGCAAGAUCUCCAUGGACGAGCAAGAUCUACUCAACGGUCCGGGAGAGACGUACGAGGUUGCUUUGACUGAGCCUGGCACCUACAGCUUCUACUGUGCGCCUCAUCAGGGUGCUGGUAUGGUCGGUAAAGUCACUGUUAACUAAGUAAUAAAUUGUGAGCGCAAGUGAGAGGCAGAGUCUCUUAUUCAAGUAGAGGCUUUUCUUUCUGUGUCUUGCAUAAGGUGUUUUGUAUUUCUAAAGAGUGUUGAAUCGAAUGGACCGUGAUUUGUUGUAAUGUGACUGGUUCCAUAAAUUAUUUUUCUUCGUUUAUAAUUAUAAUUAUAUAGUCAUGUA